CUCCAAACUUCUCCACUUGCAGAGAGGGAAAGAGAGAGCGUGAGAGAAAGAAACAGACAUCCUUCAUUCCCCUUUCUUCCUUCUUCUUCAACUUCUUUCUCAUUUCUUGGAGAGGAAGAGAGAGAGAGCUUCAGUUCCCCAAAUUCUGUCUUUCUUGCUCGUUUCUCUUCCCUGCCUCAUCUAUGGCAGCGAAUCAGAACUCUCCUACUGGAGAGGCUGCUGGGAACGACGAAGAAGAAGCCAAUAAAGGAUCCCAGAACGGAGAAGAAGGAGAAGACAUGGAAGACCAGCCAGAAGAAGUCAUGAGUACACCAUUCGAUAAGCAGUACUAUACCGCCGAAGAAUUGGCGUAUAGAUGGAAUCUCCAGAAGGACAUAAAAUCUGGAGAACUUAGCAACACAGAGAUGAUUGUAACGAUGAGGGAGGUGUAUUUUGUUGAUCUUAACGUGCCCGCCAGGAAAUUCGUGGAUGUAGUCAACGAAGUGGUUCAGAAUAUUGGAGGAGGCAACAUGGCGCCCGCUCGAUUCGAAUUGCCUUUAGCAUUUGCUUGCUUCGAUCUCAAAGAGUGGCAGCGUUCGGAUGAUAGGCUACUGCAGGAGGGAUUCGGAAAUGAGUAUGGCAAAGACGUUAAGGAGAUGAUGAAGCAGUCGGCAGAAGGAUAUACCGAGGAGAUGAUGAUCCACUUUCUGAAGAAAGCUGAUUGGGAGGGUUUAGCUGCAAGGAAUUUUGGAUUUGGGGCUCGUUCGUUUGUGCAAUGCAAAGCAAGAUUCUGGUUUCGGUCUUGGGCGCUGUCAGAGAAGGGUUCCAGGACGUUGCGGGAGAGGAGGGGCGCAACAGAAGAGAAGCGAAUGAUGCGCUUGAUUAAAUGGCAAGGAGGGACAAACACUGACUGGCCCUUGAUCGCAAAGGAACUGGGCGGAAAUCGGACUCCCGAUUGGUGCUUUGAAAGAUUCGUCAGGUUGAAGAAAGAUGCAGCAGCCGAGGCAGAGGCGGAGUCAAUGAAGAAGAAGAAGAGGAGUCCUUGAAGAAUGUUUUGUCAUUGUCAGUCAUAUUCUUUUUGGAACUAAGAAUCGCCAUUGAUUGAUAUCGAGCUUCGCGGGCUCAGAGUUUGGUGAUUGCUGCGGCGGCUAUGGCGCCUUUAGUCAUUUUUGGUUCCUCAACUAUCUGUUAAUGCUAGUCAAUUUUCAUUUGAUUCUUUUCUUUUGGUGAGAAAAUGUAAGAAUACGAGUAUGGACCCAUUAAAGAAAGACAAGAAUGCAAUAGAAUGGUAAAUUUGUCUGUAUCCUCUGUCUUGUUCCGUUUCGGUUCCUUUCUUUCUUUCUUUCUUUCUUUCUCCAACCCUUCCAAUUCCGAGACCAUCUUUCUCGCAUCCGCCAAAGCGAGUUCUUGAAGGCAUUAGGUAGAACCAGAGAGCUUGAGCAGCGUCGGCCGUCAACAAUGGCAGUAUACCUAGUCGAGGAAGAGAUCGACGGCAGCAGUACGAACCCUAGAAUCGCUUCGCUUAUUUUUGUUUGUGUUCCUGUCAAUUUGGUUUCUCUUCGAGGUGCUGCUGGUGCGAAAUUGAGACAACGGCGUUCCGGUGUGAUGCCACAGACGCGGGGUAUGAGCUACUGACUUCUCUACUGUCUCUGUGUGAUUACUGUCGUUUUCAUCAAAUUGUAGAUAUAGCAAUUUGGGAAGCUCUCGAGUAUAUGGAUCGUGAUUCGUUGUAGCUGGCUGUGAUUCUUUAGUUUGGUAAUGGUUGUUUAGCAGACAGGAAGGAAUCCCAUGGGGCUGUGGGGGGUGCUGCACUCUACAUUGCUGCUUACGCUCAUGGUUGAAAACCUUCUUCUGAAGAUAUUGUAAGUUCUACCUGCAGCUUUUGUGGAUUCAUGCCUGUUAAUGUAGGAUUUGGAAAGCUCUCCAGUAUUAGGCUAUUGAUGCGGUUGCUGAUCUGUAUUAGUGCAGUGCAGGUUUUCCCUUUUCAUCUUAUAUUAGUCACUGAAUACUUACUUGGCAGUGAAAGAAUAUCUCUUUCUCGUUACAGGCAAGUGGGCAACCAACCGGAGAAGCAAGGUUUUUGAGAGGGACGGAAGAACGCUUAGUUGCACUGCAGUACUAUUAGUCCAUCCAAGGCUCAACAAUAAUCCUAGAUUGAAGAAAUGUAAGGUGUGGCCUUAUUUUUCUCUAUCUAUGUGAUGUUUCCUGCGAUUAUACAUGUUUACGAAUUCAGGGAUAUUGGUUCAGUUGUUGUUGAUGAUUCAAGUAUAAGGUUAUUUUCAGGAAAGAUUAUGUCUGUCAUGUGUCCGUUUUCAAAGAAAUCUUCCUGGUUAUGAUCCAAGUAGUACAUGUCACACGCCCUUUAUGCUUUGUUAUACUUCGUCCUUAGGUCCGGUGGCUUGAAACCUGGACUCGUUUUUAUUAUUAUUCGUUUGUGGGCGGAUGGGUUUCAUUUGUUUCCGCACUGGACUUGCUGUCUACCGGUGCAUUUCUCAAUUCUUUAAGAAGUUACUGUCUUGCUUGUCAGAAAUUUUCAUUUUCAAUGGCUACUCUACACACAUGGUACAACCUUAUAAGCCAGUUCAUGAAACAUCCUGUUAGGGUCAUUUUUACCAUAUACUGGGUGAUCUAUAUAAUGAGUGGUUAAAGUUGAUCUCCUCAUGCUUUUAAUUUUAAUCAUUAUUCAAACAUGGUUAAAAAAGCUGCAGCCUUUAUGAUUCACACUGUUAACUGAUGGAGACCUGCCACUUCGAUUGUAUGUUUACUCUUCAAUGCCACUUCUUAGGUUGGGUUGUGUUCAACACUGGACUAAACAACUGCUUUGUAGAUGAGAAAGGCGAGAGGUUGCUGUAAUUAAAAGCCAUGAAAGGCUCCAGCUUUUAGUAACAGAAGAGGAGGGUUUAGGUUCGUUCCAUUAGGAUGCGAUGAGUUUCUGCUUUCUUUUUGGAUAUGAAUUCUGAAGCUGUACCUCAUUUUCUCAGUCUCAUGAACUUGGUUCCUCAAACGAAGAGACAAUGCUAUGCAAACUAAUCAAGGGUACGAGAGGAUGAAACUGGAAGAUGAGGAGGGCAUCAUUCUUUGAUUCUUCACUUGUUACUCACAAUCAGGUAGUUAGGUCCAGGGUGAGGUGACUGAUGUAUAUCCACCUGUUAUCAUCUGUCUAAUGGUUAUGUUGCUGUAUGCAGGUGCUCGAAGCUACACGACUUUGUAGGGAGAAAUUUAGGUAUUGUGCUCAGUGAUUACUCUGUAUAAAGUACUUGAUCAAUGUGCAUUGUGUGUUCAUCAUGUACAACGCCGCUGCUUCUACCAUGUAAUGAAUUACAGCAAUGAAGCCAUAUCUGAUUGUGAUAAAUUGAAUAUUCAUUCUGAUUAAAGUCAUGUUGUAUCCAUCCAUUUAAGCGUUCUUUGAUUUGGUGAGUGCCAACUAAUAGCUGAAGAGUAAGUUGAAGGUCUAUACACAAGUUCCAUUAUGUCAGGUAAAGAUCCAACAUUUACCCUUUUCCUGUUGAACUGUGCGAGAAAAAUUGAGUGUGAAAGUUUUAGCAUGAGAAGAAAAAUGGCUAUCAGGGGAAUCGGUUUUGAUUUUUCAGUCCCUCUGCUGGGCACUCAUUUGAUUGUUCUCACUUUCCUUAGGAGAUUCAUUUGAUUGUUCUCACUAUCCUUAGGAGAUUUCUUCAGUUUAUUUCCAUCCAGUAUGUUUUUUUGCCAUUAAACGGAAAUGAAUAAAUAGCAUACCAUGGUGGGCCUUUGUGACCAGAUUACUUCCCUUUUUUAGCAUCGUACAAUUGGAAUGGUGAAAUCUAUAUCUUAACCCUUUCUGUUGCUGUCUUUACCCACGUUAAUCUCCCGAAUCCUUACCUCCUCCAUAUUUGGUCUUGUUUUGGUGUGAUCAGGCUGCUCCACAGUGACAGUAAGUCAGUGAUGCACCUGAAAAGGUGGAUGCAGCUUUUCGUGAGUCAUUCAAAGCAAUCACCACUGACAUCCAACAGAUUCGGUUAAAUGGCCUAUUGGUAUGUUCUUCCCUGAUCACAAUCUCCUAGCUACUCUGCUUAACUGAAUGUACUAUGUGCCCUGAGUAUGCCUCCCUCACAUAGUAUCAGUAUUGUUUGCUCUGCUUCCAAUUCUGGUGCUUAUUUUUGCCAGUACCGACUCUCUUAGGAUUACGCGCGUGUGUGUGUUGCUAAGGAUAGGAUCUUCCAGUUUUCUUAUCAACUCAAAGAGAUGUAAGAAAGUGUUUGGAAAUUUGUUUUACCAUCAGUGUGUGUGUUGCUAACUCUAUGAUCGAUGAUUCCGUUAAGUAGGCUCGUGUUCUUUGCUCUAUUCCAGCUUCAACACUUGAUCAAAAUAUGAGACGAUUGAAAAAAAUUGCUGGGGGAAAUGUGUCAAAUAUAUUGCACACAAGUAU